AUGAAUUAUCAUGGCGACAUCGUAAAUUCAACCGUAUCUUCUACAGAUAAAAAGCAAACAUCGAACAAUUGUCCAUUACAUCCAAUUAAUAUCGAUAUAGCACAGAAAAAACUUGAGAAUGAUGAUGAAAGACAAAAUAACACUAGGAUAACAAUUACUUCGUUUUGGAAGCAAAUCAUAGUAAAAACUGAUGGUGUCCACAAUAAUAGUGAAGCUGAUGAAAUAAAUGAUAAUUCCGUAUCAUUCAUAUCAUUGAAUACAAUUCAAGUAAUAUUCACUAUUCCUUUUUCUAUAAUUUCAAAUGGAUCGAUACUUAAUCAAACAGUAUCUAUAACUGAUAUAAAAUCUAACCAAUUAUUAGCAUCAUCAAAUCAUAUUUGUUUCAAUGGGUCAUCAUUUAUUGUUAAUUAUUCAACUAACCAAUCAUUACCAUAUAAUAUUUGUUUAUAUAUUUUAAUAUCAUCUAUAACAUUAAGAGAAAUCUUUAUUUGUCGUACUAUUAAUAAUAAUUCUGAUGGUAAUGAAAAUCCGAUCGUAGGACCAAGUGUAUUUUUUAUUGUUUCACAAUCUGUUAUGAGUCUUCUUAUGAUGAUUAUUAUCUACUUAGUACAAAUAAGUAGAAAGAAAAAUCUAAUUAAUCGUGUUGGUCAACAUUUUGUUCGCAAUAAUUUAAUUACUCAUAAAAGUAGUAUUAUUCUAUUGAAUGAUGCAAUAAAUUCGGAAAUUAUGCAUGAUAUUAAUUUAAAUAAUUUUAUUUCAGCACCUAUUGAAGAAAAAGUAUUAGCUGCAACAGAUUUAACAUCAACACGUAAUGAUCGAAGAUUUACACAUCAUACAUUAAUAGAUAUGAAAGAAUUAAUAAAACAAUUAAGUUUAUCGAAUAAAAAUUGA